AUGCCUGUGAAUCUGUUGGAGGAUUGGUGCAAAGGCAUGGACCUGGACCCCAGGAAGGCCCUGCUGAUCGUGGGCAUUCCUGUGGAGUGUAGUGAAGAGGAAAUUAAAGAGACCCUGAAGGCGGGCUUACAGCCACUGUGUGCCUACGGGGUGCUGGGCAGAAUGUUCAGAAGGGAAGACAGCUCUAAGGCAGUUCUCAUUGGAUUGGCCGACCAGGUCAAUUACGCUACGGUGCCGAGUCAGAUCCCAGGAAAGGGAGGUACCUGGGAAGUGGUGGUGAAGCCCCGUAGCCCGGAUGAUGAACUUAUCAACAGACUGAACCACUUCCUGAAAGCUGAGGGCCGGAGAAUGGUAGAUGUGGUCAAAACCCUGGGGUAUAGCACUCGCCCCGAGCAGGGACAGCCAAAAGGCUUGGCCCAAGUCAGGCCGCCAGACCCGCAGCCUCUGCAAGAAAGCAUGUGGUACCGAAAACUGAAGGUGUUUUCGGGAAGCACUUCCCCAGGCCCGGGCGAAGAGAACUUUGAAGCCUGGCUAGAGCAGGUGACUCAGAUGAUGCAGAUGUGGCGGGUGUCUGAGGUAGAGAAGCAGCGGCGUUUGCUGGAGAGCUUGCGCGGCCCCGCCCUGUCCAUCGUGCGGAUGCUCCGGGCCAACAGUGGCUCCAUGACCGUGGCGCAGUGCCUGGACGCCCUGAAGCAGAUCUUCGGGAAUAAAGAGAACUAUAGAACCGCACGCUUUCAGUUGCUCCAGACCUUGCAGAAGCCCGGAGAGAAAGUCUCUGCCUUCUUGCUACGGCUAGAGCCCGUGCUGCAGAACGCUGUGCGGCACAGCCCCUUGCCGGUGAGAAGCGCAGACAUGAUUCGCCUGAAAUACAUCCUAGCCCAGGCCCACGUGAGCACCGGCCUCCGGGACAAGCUCAUGGUCUUGGAUCAGCGAGGCUGUGCGCCCCCCUUCCUGGAGUUGAUGCAGCUCGUUCGAGACGUGGAGGAGUGGCAGACCGCCGCGGCAGUGACCAGGGAGAAGCAGAGGCAGGUAGGAGGGGGCCACAGGGCCUCUGGCACCCAGGUAGUGGCAGAAACCAGAGUCCCGGUCCGUCCGGUCAUGGUGCGGGCAGGGCGGUUCCAUGACAGCAGCACUCAGACCGUCCAGGAAGGGGCUACCCUGUCACUGAAGCGCAAGCGGGUGCCACGCUGCCGCGAGACUGGGGAGGAAGGCCACAGCCAGGCCGCGUGUCCUAGGGCCGAGGACCAGCCCCCGGCAAAGCAGGCGCCUCAGCCCGCAGCAGAAGAGUCGGGAAACGAGAUGCGGGCUGGGGCCGGGAGCCACCCCAGGCCCCAGGAAGCAUAGGCUCAAGAUACGCAGGCAC